ACAACGUUGUUAGCCGGUCUAAUGGCGCCUUGAGUCCUCACAACUAUUUUUUUGGUUUUUAGAAAGACACUGAAUUUGUUAACAGUUCUUUUUUUUUUCUACUGUGCUCCUCCUGAUAUUGGCAUUUUAUGCAGAUUUUCAGAUUUGCUGGGUUUGCGUACGAGAUUGCUCAGUUACGGUCGAAACUGAAGCAUUGAAAAGAUUGGAGAAAAAUGACCUCAUCUGUCGAGGAUUUCAGCAUUCCUGAUUUUGGUUCAGCAGAACAGAAUGAGGACAUGAGUGAAGACUGCAGGUAAAAUAUUUCACACAGUGUUUUAUUAUCUGUUUUCAAUGCCUUAAUGACUUAAUGUUUUUUUUUUAGAUUGGAGAAAGAUUCUUCAAAUGAUGUUGAUAUGUUUGAAGACUCUUCAGCGGAAGAGUAUGUUGGAGCCACCUGUGGUUUGAAGGAUAAUGGAAAACCUACUGCCUCAGCUUCAAAAAAUUCCAUGGCAGUUACCACUGGAAAAUCUUUAGUUCCAUUUAAUCAAAGUUCAAUUAUCUAUGAUGAAGAAACACUAAUGAAAAUGACUGACGAAGAGCUGCAAUUCUUUGAGAAUUACAAGCAGGCAAAUAAUGCUCAGAUGUCAUCAUUGAAGUGUACCACUUGUUCGUGCCAGCUUUUCCUUGUCAAUCGGGAUAACAUCAGAAUCCACCCAGUUUUAGGUGUACUCGUGUGCAAAAGUUGUCGAGAAUUUUACAGUAACGGCCCUUUUACCAAAGAUGAAAACGGACAUGAUGAGUAUUGCCGUUGGUGUGCCGAAGGCGGAAUGAUUAUAUGCUGCGAUACCUGCACGAAUGUGUUUUGCAAGGCAUGCUUAAGACGUUGCUUAGGACGUGUGAAUCUUCUAGAAAUCACAAGCAGUAAGUGCAAGUGGAGUUGCUUAGUUUGCAACAAUCUUCCCCUUUGGAGUCAAAGAGCGCUAUGUAGAAUGGUCAUGUCAGCGAUGAAAUCAACUCCUGGUCGAAAGUCUUUGUCAAGGCGAUCACUGCAGGACACGAAUGUUUCGAGUGAUCCUUCCAUUUGGUUGCCAGCCAUCAUAAGUGAAGCAGAAAAGUUGGCCACGUACUGUAAGGCACUGGCAUCAAAAGUGGGAGUCAGUUGGUCUAAAGAAUGCGAAGAAGCCGAUGGAAGUUCGUGUCACCAACAGAAAGACAAGGUCGUUAAUUACUGCCGUAAACUUCGUAAAGCCGUCGUCACAACUCGCCUAAAUAUGAAGUUACUGGAGGAGAAGCUGGUUGCUAAAUUUGAACAGAAUUAUGGCAACACCGCAGACAUAGAGGUCGAUCAACAGGAAUCAUCCAUCUUAAAGCAGGAUUCGACUCCAAGAGCCGGCAAGCGACUUAUAGUGAAAAUUAAAAACUUUAGGGAAGCAAACAGCAAGCAAGAUUACUAUGCCGAAGUUCGGGAAUCGCCACCUCCCCAUUCGGCAACUUCAAAUUCUACGAAAGAUUCUCCUCGGAAAUCUAUUUGCUCCUUGAGCAGUCAAGCAACUAUUCCACAUUGCCCAAGUCCCUUACCAACAGAAGAACAGUCUGGGGACAACAGCUCAUCAAAUGAAGCUGAAGCACAACCCAACGCAGCUGAGAAGACCCGAUUGCCAACAGUGGAAGAUACUCUCGCAAAUGAUGAAUCUGUCGAAUUUUUCGAUACGUUCUCAGAGCUUACUGAAAGUAAACCGACCGAAGAAGACGCUCUCCAAGAAAGGCAAGCUAGUUUAGUUGAAGGUGAUCAUAAGCUGUCUCUGGAACCAUUUCCAGUCAAAUUUAUAACGACAGAGUUAAAUUCGCAUUCACCCGAUAUGUUCGCUAAGACCCAAUCUGAAAAUGAUUCCGAUCUUGAGGAUUCCACAAAGACAGUUCCACUCGAUCAUAUUUUGCCAAAAGGUGAGGUCAGUAAUGUUAAUAAUGACAAAGUCGUUAUCAAACAAGAAGCGAAAAUUUCUACUACACCAUCCCCCACUGCCGGCUCAGCAAGAGGUGUAGGCACCCCGUCUCUCGCAGCAACAGGAAAUAAAUCCUUCAAAUCUAAACUCUCUAGAAGUACACCAACCUCAAAGGAACGCACCAGCACAAAAGUCUUGCCUGCAUCGAACGAUGAAGUCAUUGUCAACUCAACAUUGAGAACCUCAACACCAGUGACAAGUCAGAGCUCGAAAUCUCUCAAAUCGUCAUCAUCACCAGAAAUAGAUUUGAAUGAAAAGGCAAGGCUAGAACUUUUAAGGGAAUCCUCCGAUUCAGACGACAGUCUCGCUGAAUUGAAGCUCAGCCCUCGUGUAAAGAGAACAAAGAAAAGAAGAAGCAUACCGCUGGGGUUAGAGGACGAUCCUAAGCUGAAAGCCGAAUGCGCCGUCGUCGUCAAUCGCAUCACUAAUUUGAACGAAGUGCUAAACGGAAAGGAAUCGGAAGAAUCGAUGCUCAAAAAACAAGUCGACCGCCUAGUGAAAAGUCCGAUAAAAAUUGCAGUAAAUAGCUCGACUUCUGAAUUGGAUGAUUCCGAUCCAGGGGGCUUUGAGAAAGAGGCAGAUAAGCCUAAAAAACAGUACUCAAAGAUUAAAAAAUCUGAAACAAAACCUUUUCGGCUUGAAGAUCUGGAUUCAUCAUCUUCGUCCUCAGAGAUUGAAGCAACUGAGCAAGUAACUGGAAUAACCAAGUUGUCAACGACAUCGUCGAUUCCUGAUCGCAACGAAGCCGUUCGUCUAGCUUUGUUAGCAGCUAGUGAUUCAGAUUCAGAUUUUGAUAUGGACACCCAAGAAACUGAGAAUAUUCCAGACGAAGCUCCAAAAUCAGCAGAAGAAAAAAUAAUUAUAGAAUGUGAUUUGGCGAUGGAAACCGAUGAUAUUGGAAUAAUUGAGUUAAAAGAAGAAGUCAUCGGUCUAAGCACAGAUGAAGAAGGUGCUGUCAAAGGCUCGAAUCUCAAAACUGAUAAGCUAUUGCGUAUGUCAAUUGGUGAUCCCGAUGCCGAAUCUGACACGAAGAAAUCACAGAAAGGCAAGGAAGCCAAGAAAGAAAAAAAGAAGACUAGAGAAAGGAAGAAGCGGCGCAUUCAAUCAGACUCAGAUUUUCAAUCUUCAGAAUCAGAAAAAGAAAAGAAGAAGCGGAAGAAGAAGCGUUCAAGCCCAUCGGAUGAAGUUUCGGAUGAUGACGACUCUAGCAAAGAUGGAAAAUCUAAAUCCAAAUCACGUCGUCGAAUCAAGAGAGCCGCUACAAGUGACUCCGAGAACUCAAACGAUUCAGAUAUUGAGGUUCUGAACGAAUCCCAGCGAUCGGAAGCUGGCGGAUCGAAAGGCAGGAAAAAUAUCAAAAAGAUCAUGAAAGACACAAACCUUAAGGAUGAAACUAAAGCCGCUGCCAAAGAAGAAGAAGAUCGCAAAAGGCGUAUAGCUGAGCGUCAAAGGUUCUACAAUGAAGCCUUUGUUGGUGAUAUGGCCCUUAUCAAUGCGCAGACCCACCACCUGGUCUUAGAUUUCGACCCUAAAACCAAAGAGGAACUCGUUACGGUGGACAAACAUAUCGUCACCAAACUGAAGCCUCAUCAGGUCAAGGGUGUAAAGUUCAUGUGGGAUGCUUGCUUCGAAUCCAUCGAGAGACUCAAGGAGCAUCCUGGCUCUGGAUGUAUUUUGGCCCAUUGCAUGGGUUUGGGUAAAAGUCUUCAAGUCGUCACGUUGGUGCACACGGUCCUUACAAACAAAGCAUGCAAGGUUGAUCGUGUGCUAGUAGUCUGUCCUCUUAGCACAGUCCUAAACUGGGUCAACGAGUUUAACGUAUGGCUUCCGCCAAAUUCAGAUGUUGAAGUGUACGAAAUGGCAAGCGCCAAGGGUAAUAGUAAAGAUAUCCGAAAGUACACGCUACAGAGUUGGCUGGAAGGUGGAGGGGUCAUGAUCAUUGGUUACGAUAUGUAUCGCAACCUAACUAACGAGAACAACAAAAAAAUCACAAAAAAAGAGCGCGACGUGUUCACACGCUCUCUAGUGGAUCCUGGGCCGCAACUCGUUGUAUGCGAUGAGGGCCAUUUACUGAAAAAUGAGAAGACAGCUCUGUCCAAGGCAAUGAACAAGAUCGCUACUAGAAGAAGAGUGGUCUUGACAGGCACUCCGCUCCAGAAUAGCUUGCUAGAAUAUCACUGCAUGAUUCAGUUCGUCAAACCUAAUCUACUGGGAACAGUUAGGGAAUUCACGAAUCGAUUUGCCAAUCCCAUUAAAAACGGACAGGCUGCCGACUCGACUGACUCUGACGUACGGGUUAUGAAACGACGAGCCCACGUAUUGCACAAAAUGCUCGAAGAUUCCGUGCAACGAUUCGAUUACGCCGUUCUGACUCCAUUCUUGCCUCCUAAGCACGAAUACGUCGUGUCAGUGAAGUUGUCGGAACUACAGAUCAAGAUGUACCAGUAUUACCUGGAGUAUCAUGCCAAGGGUGGUCCGAAUCAUAUCGGUCGCGGAAAAGGAGCUGGACUCUUUGCCGAUUUCCAGGAAUUGGGGCGAGUUUGGACGCAUCCCAAAGCGUUGCUGUUGGCAGAACUUAAUCGUGAAGCUAAAGCAAAAAACAACAGCAGUGAUUCUGAAGGUUCAAUAGCGGAUUUCAUUGACGACCGAGGAGAAACACCCGUGAGCGACGAUGACGGCGGCGUUGUUUGUUUGGAUGAAAGUGGCGAUGAAAAAGAAGCCGCGGCAGGAACUAAAUCAAACAACUUUAGAAUGAGAACGCGUGCUGCCCGUGGAGAUCAGCCUCCGCCAGAAGAUGAAUUAGGCGUGACUACUCCAAUGUCUAGCACCUGGUGGUCACAAUUCGUCCAAGACGAGGACAUGGUCAAAAUGGAACACAGUGGCAAGCUCAUACUUCUCAUGGAUAUUCUUCGUCAGUGCGAGCUCAUUGGUGAUAAGGUCCUGGUUUUCAGCCAGUCCCUUGUUUCGUUAAAUUUGAUCGAGGAAUUCCUCGCAGCCGAGGACGAGCAAAAUGAGAAAAAUCGGGCGAGCUUGGCAAGCACCGAUUUAAAACAGGAUCCUAUUGGGACAUGGCGUUUCAAUCACGACUACUUCCGAUUAGAUGGACAGACUUCAGCGGAGCUGCGUAAAAACGCAUGCAAUGCUUUCAACAAUCCCUCCAAUCUUCGUUCUCGACUGUUUCUUAUUUCAACUAAAGCCGGUGGCUUGGGAAUCAAUCUGGUUGCAGCGAAUCGUGUCAUAAUUUUUGACGCCUCGUGGAAUCCCUCGCACGACGUGCAAAGUAUUUUCCGCGUUUAUCGGUUUGGGCAAAAGAAACCUUGCUAUAUUUAUCGUUUUUUGGCUCAAGGCACCAUGGAGGAGAAAAUUUACGAUCGCCAGGUUACGAAACUAUCAUUAUCGUGCCGAGUUGUCGAUGAGCAACAAAUCGAACGCCAUUUCAACUCAGCGGAUCUUAACGAGUUAUAUAUCUUCGAACCUGAUAGCCAUUUACGUCGACCGACUCCCCUUCUACCGAAAGAUCGUCUUCUGGCUGAGCUCACUAUCCAAAGAAAGGACUGGAUCGUUACUUACCACGAACAUGACUCGCUUCUCGAAAACAAGUCCGAAGAAGAACUGACGGAAGCCGAGCGCAAAGCCGCUUGGGAUGACUUUGAAAAUGAGAAACGCGGCGUAAACCCUAUGAUGGGCAUGAUGAUGAAUGAAAUGCCUGGUUUUAUGAGUAUGCCUGGAAUGCCAGAAAUUUUAGGAGGACUCGCCGGACGAUCGGUUGCUGGUAUUCCACUGAGUAGCAUAGCGGCUAUGAUCUACAACUCUAAUCCUGGGAUUAAUCAGGACGAGUUCCUUGGAAGGCUUCGAUUGACAGUUGAUCAACUUCAAAACUUUUCUGUCCAGCAAGCAGCUGCCGCUUCAGCCGCCGCAGCCGCUGCUUCCGCUCAGUCUGCAGCAUUACAGCAACCCGGUGAUGCUCAAAGAUUACUAAUGCAGCGCCAAGUAGCUGCUGACCAGCUCAAACGCCAAUUUGGUAAUACUCCGCAAUCACCAGGCUUACCAGGACCCAGUGGUUUAGGCGCAUCAGCUCCACCAAGAUCUCGCGGGAGGCCUACCAUAGGCCCACACCAGCGAACAGAUUUGUAUGGACUGGCCCCUGUUAUUUACAACUCUGCUACAGGAUCGAAUCAACCAGCAGGACCGAGUGGAUCUAAUUCUGUACCUAAAACGUAAACAGAACUUAAACAGAUGCAGAAAGAAAACCAACCUGCUCUCCCAAUGAUGGUCGCCAGUUUAAUUUUGUAUCAACUUGUGCUGUUUGAGGAACCAUAUUAUUAUGCAUGUCGGCCAGACUUGGUUGAUAAAGCCUCUCGCGAGAUUCCUAGGGAAAUCACCAGUUUCAAUUUAAUCGGCUGUGGGUGAUGCAUAAUUUUUUUUAUUAGCUUAGGUUUUUUUUUAUUGUCCUCCGUUUUCCUUCCUUCGGUUAUUUUUUUCCUUUCUCUAUAAAUGAGAUUGUGAUGAAAUUAGUUGUUCCUGUAUUCCCCAACCUUGUGCUUUAUUCCGUUUACCUACCCAAGUUUGUUUUCAAUUAAAUACAUUCACCAAGAAAUUUCA